AUGCAAGCAGAUACAGCUCAAGGAACUCAGCCGGCCUGGGACGCCAAACAAUAUUCCGGAGCCUUGGCGCAUCUUGAACGUCUUCAGGAACAGAUUGAUGACAUGAGACGCACUAUUCCUUCUAUUGUUGGGCCCAUGGCAAAGCCAGCCAAGGACAAAGCGCAAUUAUUUGUUCAAAUCAAGUCGGCAGCAGUGCGAUCUGUGGACGACGUACAAGCACUCCGCAACAACUGGUCAUCCGAGCAAACGCAAUCAAUACUCAACAGAUCUCAACAAAGCCUGGAAAAGGAUAGUGACCUGAGCAAAGCGGGUACUGUUCCGCGCUACGGCUGGACUCAAGACACCGAGAUGGGCUGA